UUAUCCUUUAUAGUAGCUAUUGCCCUGCUAUUGGUCCAUCGGUCUUCCCAUUCAGUCUCUGUGAUCUUCUUUGGGGAAUGUUUUGUUACACUAUAUAUUUGUUCCCAGCCACAGAGAAGUUGAAAUUAUUGUAUUGUUACAGCAAAUCAGUGUGUAAGGAAUGAAAUGGAACUAGCAUUUGUGAAUUGUCGAUGUACUAAAUAUAUUGAUCAGUUUUGAAAUGUUUAAUACUCAUAAGGACCCCAUUAUAAGAUGGUGGGCAGAGUCAUUGACUCUUAGAUUCACCUGAUGUCGGUAACUUUUUUUUUUUUUUUUUUUUUUUUUACCAGAGCACUGCUCAGCUCUGGCUUGUGAUGAUGCUUGGGAUUGAACCUGGGCAUUUGGAGUCUCAGGCAGGAGAGUCUCUUUGCAUAAGCUUUAUGCUAGCUUCCCCCUGCCCGUGUACGUUUUAUAUAAAUAACUGAUGUCAUUCUAGUCACCCUGUGCUUUCUGAAAGAAUAGGACUUUGGUCUAGUUGGCAAAGCAUUGUCUCUAUAGCAACAAAAGACCCUGUAAAGGUCAAAGGGAACAGGCGACAGGAAGUUCAGUUUUUAUUUCCGGUAGCAGAGCCGCUGACAACCCGGAAGUUGACACGGCAUGGUUGCACAUAGCCGCGUCUCGGGAGGAUGCCUCUGGUAGUGUUUUGCGGUCUGCCGUACAGCGGCAAGAGCCGGCGAGCCGAAGAGCUCCGCGGAGCCCUGGUGGCUGAGGGCCACACGGUGUACGUGGUGAGCGACGCGGCGGUGCUGGGCGCAGAGGACGCGACGGUGUACGGUGACUCGAUGCGUGAGAAAGCGUUGCGCGGGGCCUUGCGUGCGGGAGUGGAGCGGCGCCUGAGUCGCCACGAUGUGGUCAUCCUGGACUCGCUUAACUAUAUCAAGGGCUUCCGCUACGAACUCUAUUGCCUGGCGCGGGCAGCGCGCACCACGCUGUGCCUAGUCUAUUGCGUAAAGCCUGGCGGACUGAGCGGGGAACCUCAAGUGGCCGACACAGAGGAGAACCGGAACCGGAAUGCCAGUGUGAGCUGGCGGCCACGCUCAGAGGCGGGCGAGAGACCCCAGAUUACAGGCACCAAUUUCCUCAGGGAACCGCGAGCUGUAGACUCCGUAAUAAAUGGGACCGCACUAGCCGAAAUAACUAAGGAAUUGGAACCGGGAAAAACCGGGAUACCAGAUCCUCCCACUCUUGUAAUUCCGGAUUCCAGUACAUCGCAUGUACCCAGUGCCUUUUACCCUCCAGAGCUUCUGGAGGCGCUAAUGCGGCGCUUCGAGGCUCCCGAUUCUCGGAACCGUUGGGACCGACCCCUCUUCACGUUGGUUGGCCUAGAGGAGCCUUUGCCUUUGGUGGAGAUCCGGGCUGCCUUGUUUGAGAACCGGGCUCCCCCACCCCAUCAAGCUACUCAGUCCCAGCCCCUUGCCUCCGGCAACUUUCUGCACCAGCUGGACCAGGUCACUAGCCAAGUGCUAGUGGGACUGAUGGAAGCGCAGAAGAGUGCAGUCCCUGGAGACUUCAUUAAGCUUCCUGGCACGUCGGAAACCUUGCAGUUUACCCGACCUUUGAGCAUGGCAGAAUUGAGUCGACUCCGUCGUCAGUUUAUUUCCUACACUAAAAUGCAUCCCAACAAUGAGAACCUGCCUCAGCUGGCCAAUAUGUUUCUGCAGUAUCUGAGCAAGAGCCUGCACUAACUAAAGAGGCGGGGGGGGGGGGGGGGGGGGGACGGCGACGGACCAUAUUUCCUGUAUGACUUCUGCUGUUUUUCCUCUAGGAAGAGGAAUCUGAAAGUCUGCAGCGCAUAGUUGUGUGCGGUAUUGGAACUACUAGGACUGAUUUACUCAAAAACUUUAACACUUCUAUGCCAGUCCUUGAGUUUACAUAAGUGUAAAUUGAGACAAGUGAAAAAACUAGCAGGGAGGAUCUUGGGGAAUUAUCUAUAAAGGAUAAUAAAGCUCAGGUGGACAAUGGAUGACACAGUUGUGCAUAUGCAUUGGCCUUUCAUAUAAGUGUUUCUGAAUACUAGUCUCUAUUUUGGGUUCUGGGGUGACAGAUAGAAAUCUGCUUACUGAUUUCUGCCCUUGGAGUCCUUGGUUUUAGUGGAAACGGAAAACAACCACUAUAUUGAUUCAUGUAAUAAAAUCUUUUUGAGAGUC